AUGAUAUCAGAGGUACCAGAGUCUAUAAUAGUUUCACCUAAUGAUGAUGACAUCAAUCCAGGGAAAGCAGAGAUUGUCAAUUCUCCAUCCAGGAUAAAAGAUGAGCUGAGGACAUUCUUGAAGAACCUACUACAAUUGCUUGGUGCAUUUCAGAUCUUAAUCGGCCUGAUUAAUACCAGCUUAUGGAUAAGUUGGUCCUCAUGGUUGCCUAUAGGAACAUAUGGAAAAUGGAAUUUAGGAGUCCUUAUUUCAGGCUAUGGACUUUGGGGAGGAUUGAGUUUCACCAUCUCUGGCAUUUUCUCACUUGUUUCUGCAAAGAUUUCUUCCAAAGCUCUGGUAAAAUGCUGCCUGGUAAUGAACAUUCUAAGUUCCUUGGCUGCACUCUCUGGGAUAAUUAUAAUUUACAUCUACAUGAUUGGAAAUUAUGAUUGCCAGAAUUCUAACCAAAUACUCACAUGCUUUAAGGACAUAGUCAUAAUCAAAGGCUUUGUUUUAGGGAAGCUCACACUGGCUGCUAUGGAGUUCUCCAUCUCAAGCUUCAUUGUUGCCUUUUCUGCCUUUCAGAUCAAGGUUCCUGAAGACAAAUCCACCGAGCCAGAAAACCCUUAUGAAGACCUUCUCUUUCAACCUGAUCCUUAUGAAGAGAUAAAUUCCCAGCAAGAAGGCUAUGAGCAAUAUGACCCUUAA